AUGUCUUCUUCAUACAGGCCCCUGUGUCUACUCGACACGACGGACAAGUCGUUCGAGAAAAUUAUAGUGCGUAGGCUUAACGAGCAUUUGGGUGACAAACUGGAUGACGCACAGUAUGGCUUUAGGAAAAAAAGAUCAACUACAAACGCAAUCAGGAGGUUGCAGGCUAAGGUAAGGGACCUCAACGCUAGGGGUCACUUGGUAGGCAUGCUGGCGCUAUAUGAGCAGAACGCCUUCAACUCGGUACCAUGUGGGUGCAUACUAGAUGCACUGGUGGACUUUAACAUGCCGCAGUACCUAGUGGAUAUAGUAGCUAGCUAUCUAUCCUGCAGGCGUGUAAAGUUUGAUAUAAGGGGAAGCGAAGAGGACUUUACAGUAGAACGUAGUGUUCCGCAGGGGUCGGUGCUUGGCCCGUGUUUGUGGAACGUGCUAUAUGACGGAUUGCUAAGACAGAGGCUCCCGGAGAACGUCGAGAUACUGGCCUUUGCCAAUGACGUAGCGGUCAUCGCGACGGCGGAGCAUAACAGUUCGCUACCUAGUCUAUUGGAGAGCGCUUACAUGGUAGUGGGAAAAUGGAUGAGCGAGAACGGGCUGACGCUGACAAAGUAA